AUCUGAAUAAAAAUAAAUAGAAGUACUAACAGUGGAGUGGUAUUGUACGUACAAUUCUUGAAUAGUAAAUAAUCUGUUUUAAAUAACAUUUCGACUUUCGCAGUGAAACUAUGAAAUUCGCGUAGACUAUAUUUAUUUGGUUUAGAUUGCAGAAUUAUUAAAUCUAACACAAUCUGAAAGAAAUGGAACUUUUUGUUAUAUAACUUUUGUUUAAAUGAAACAACUUUCAAUAAUAAAUUUAUUGGUUUAAAUAUAUCUUCCCUGUUCUGUUUUGAUGUCUAUUAUACGGCACAAAACAAUGUCAGGAGACCUUGCUGACCAUUCCUAUGCUCUAACAAGAAGUUUGAAAUCUUCAACAAAAAACAAUGUGCUUGAAUGCCGUGUGUGUCAGGAUGUAUUUGGGUUGGUUGGAGACAAAGUGCCCCGACUGCUGUAUUGUGGUCACACCGUGUGUCACGCUUGUCUCCUGAGGCUGCCACUCCGGGAUGAUACUAUACAAUGCCCCUUUGAUCGUCAGCCCACUCCUGUUGGUAAUUCAGGGGUUUGGGGCUUGAAGAAGAAUUUUGCCCUCCUGGAAUUAUUGGAAAGACUCCAGGAUUCUCAAGAGAGAGAAGCAGUUAUAGUUCUACUUUCCACAGAUAUGCUACACAAGGAGAGACAGUUGGGUAUCCGGUGUGACGAGAACGAUGCACACACAGCUGUGCUAUACUGCACAGUGUGUGCCUCACACCUCUGUGAGGUCUGCAGCGAGAGCUCACACGCCACACGUACCCUGGCCAAGCAUCGCCGGGUCCCAUUGUCAGAGAAACCUCGGGAACGUCCUCGCUGCCCUGCCCACCCUGCUCACCCUGCCGAGUUUGUCUGCCUGCAAGACGAAUGCCAGACAUCCUCGUCCACCAUCAUGUGCUUCAUAUGCAAGGAUUAUGGACGCCACAAGAACCAUAAGCACGCUCUUGUAGAGGUGGAGGCAGAGAACAUCCGCUCGUCUGUGGUGAAUGCAGUACAACACAUGAGGACUCUUAUGGAGGACAUGAGUGACACUGUCCAUAGGCUAGAGCAGGUUGCGGUGGGCCUGGAGGGAAGGCAGGGACCAGGAGGGGAGUUGCUGGAGCCGGGGACUUGUGAGCUGGCACGUGCCCGUGUGGAGCAAUACUUCAAGCAGCUGCGAGAGACACUGUUGCUGCAGGAGGCGGCGGCUCGGAGUGCAGUGGACACACAUGUGCGAGAACGGCUCUGCUCUCUCAGGCAACUUCAGGAGGACCUAGCUACUUGGCUAUCUCAGGUGGCAGUGGUAUGUGUUCAGUGUGAGGCCACCAUACAACAGGAUGAUGCUCGAGUUCUAGCAGCCUCUCGGGAACUCAAGGAGGCACUGUCGUCCAUUGAAAAGCAACAGCAGCAGUAUGCAGAGCUCAGCCCAGAGCAGCUCCAACCAGACCCCAGCAUUCCCAUCACUUUCACCAAGGACAACCGAGUGCACAUCGGGCCCAAGAUAGAGAUGCGAGUGGUGACUCUUGGGUUGGAUGGAGCUGGUAAGACCAGCAUCCUAUUCAAGCUGAAACAGAACGAGUUCAUGGCAGUGAUCCCGACUAUAGGCUUCAAUGUGGAGUCAGUUGAGUACAAGAACGUCAGGUUCAACAUUUGGGACAUUGGUGGUCAGCCGAAGCUGAGGCCUCUGUGGAAACAUUAUUACCUCAACACUCAGGCUGUGGUGUUUGUGAUCGACUCUGCAGACAAGCAACGGCUGCCAGAAGCCCUCAGUGAGCUGUCGAAGCUAAUGUCUGAGAAGGAACUGAAGGACGCAGCUUUGCUGAUUCUUGCAAAUAAACAGGACGUGGAGGGCUGUGAGAGCAUAGAAAGCAUCUCGGAGCAGUUAGCCCUGGCGAAACUGUGUUGUGGCCAUAGCUGGCAUAUCCAGGCCUGUGACGCUCAGAGUGGGACGGGGCUGCGUGACGGACUUGACUGGUUGUCCCGACAACUUGUUGCUGCUGGCGUUUACGAUAUGACCUAAAUGUUAACAUUUGUCUGAUGUUAGACCUUACUUCUUUUGUUAGUUCCCUAUUUCAUGCAAGAAAUCCAAGCAAAUUUUUAUUUCCAUUAUAGCAAGUAGAUUUCCAUCAGGUACAAUUUUAUUACCAUUUAAUAAAUGGUGCAUACUGUACGAAUCGUAUAGCUUAAUGUAUUCUUGUUUGACAAACUGUAUUUGCUUAAAACUUUAUUAGAAAAUCUACAUAUUUUUAAUGCUCAUAGUUUUCAAGAGUCAUUUAUGUAUGUAAAUUACCUAUCCGUAUAUAAAUUAUGUUAGCAUUACUUUAAAAAGAAACCAUACUUUGUUUUUACAUUGUAUUAAAAAGAUUUACCAUUACCUAAUCCUAAUACCAAUAAAAAAUGGGAUAUAAAUCUUAGUAAAAAUUUCCUAUCCUACAAUUUCGAAUUGUAUAUGAAAUCCUGAGGAUCUGAAACUGUUAAUUUUGGCCGUAUCCAUUCACCUCCGUCUUUUUAAUAGUAAUAUACUAAUUUCAAUUUGGAUGUUUGCUUACUAAAAGUAAAUUCUACUCCCAGGUUGUAUAAAAUGAAUUGAUAUUAAUAUUUGUUGUAAAUAUUGAAAUAUAAUGUUGAUAUUUAAUCCUUUGAAGACAACAAAGGGCCCCAUAAAUUUAGCAGUGGCCCAAGAAAAUAAAAAUAAGUAUUUAUCUAUAACAAAAAUAUAUAAUGGUUACAUUAGUAUCAUUAUAUACAUUUAUCUACCAAUAAUAUUAUAUACUACUCCUACAUACACUGUAUUUUUUACAUCUUAAAAUCUUAUUUUUCAUUCAAGUUUUAUAUAUUGUAAAAAGUAAUGGCUCUAUGAUUUAGUGGCAAGUGACAGAUACAGGUUCAAGUCCCAGUGGAGCAAGAACUUUUUGUGAUUUAAUGUUUGUAUAUAUUUAUAAACACACACACACAGAAUGUUCAUAAAGACAUGUCACAAACUUCUAUGGGUGAUAAUAUUCAUGAUUUAACAAAAAAAUUCAUAUAAACAUUGGUUGAGAAAUAUCUCGUUUAGGCACUAGCCGCCAUUUUGUAUUUUUUAUAAAAACAUUAUCUUUAAAACUAGUUAAACUAAAAAAAACCCAAUUUGGCACAUAGGUUUGAAUAGAUAAGAGGAACAGUUUUUUAAAUAAUUGUGUUAUUUUCUUUAACCUGUUGAAAACUUUUAAAGUGAAAUAACAAAAAGCCCAGUAUAGUUAUAACAAAUUUACUAUAUACAAACUAUUUGAACAUUUGUAUUACAAUACCAACGUUACUUGUUUUAAUGAAACUUGUUAAAGCAUAAGCGAGCACGAUCUCUUUAAAGAUACGCUUCCACAAGCCGGGGAGCAUCAAACAUAUUUGGUAUAAAUUAAACAAACCUUUAUUACUAUUUUUAGCUGUUUUGAACAAUAAUAUAUUAAAUCUCGCUCAAAUAAAUUCUCUGCUGUUUGAAAUACGAGUACUUUAAUUUUAUUUAAUAAUUAUUUAUAUAUAAAAAUCAACCAAGUUUUGUAAAAAUGUUUAUUUUUUUAAGGAAGUUUAUGGCUUGGGUCAUAGGUGUUGAAUUAGUGGGUUAUCUAAGAUUUGAUGUAGUCCUAAACAACUAACAUAAAAAUUUGAAUAUUUAAUAAAUUUUCAUGUGCAUAAAUCAAAAAGUAAGUUCCCAUAUUAAUUACAAUAGGCCAUUCAACUGCUGGCAGAACCUAUUUUGGAUAUACAGUUUACAAAAAAAAUUAAUUCAGUUUCUUGAAAAAUUAAGAUUUUUGUAAGCUUUGAAUCUUACAAAAAGAGCUUUUAAAAAAGUAAAUUAUUAAUAUGUAAAAACGUAUUUUAUUUUGACAAAACUACGUGAAAUUUGCAGUAAAGCUAACUACACAACAUGGACCAAUUUUGACUACUCAGUUGAGACAUGGUUUAUGUGGGGAUUACUCAUAUAAUGCAUAUAAGAAAGUUUUAUAUAAUUUAGUGAAAAUUAUAAUAUAUGUACUGUCAUGUGACAGUUUAUGUUUUUCAACAUCUUCUUGACUAUAUAUCAAAUGUAAUUAGAUCUGUUUUAACUGCAUAGAACAUGUACUAUUACACUUAAUAACCAAAAUAAAAAACCUAUUUCAAUUUUUUAAACAAUUUGAUGCUGACAUUGCAGAAAGGAAAUAGUCAGCAUGAACUGAUCUGGAAAAGAUUUAAGACUAAUAGAAAAUAUUUAAAAUCGUUUUUGUUUAAAAAAUGCAUCAGUUUUGUUCCCUGGUCCUUAUUUUAUAAAAUAACUCACUGUAUGAAACCUAUCAUGAAAGCUUAUUGCCUAAUGAAUAAUCUCAUUCAAUGUGUUAUAAAUAUAUUUGUUUACAAGAUUCUAGCUCAAAACAACAUUUUUUCCAGAUGUUUACAACAGCUGUCCCAUCUUUCUUGCAUCAGAGUCAACUUGUCCUCAAAGGGUUAAUGUUAUGAUAACGUAGUAGAAAAUUAGUACAUUAUGUGUAAGCUUACCUUGUUUGGGUUGCAGCUCAAUUCCCAUUAGAAGUGUAUUAAUUUUAAAUGGCAUCAUUUUAUACUUAAAGUUGUGUAAGGUUGUGAAAAUGUAUUUUUAAAGUUCUGUAUAAAUAUUAUGAUUACUCUACAGUUUUGUAUUAAGACUAUAUAGUUCAUUUCUAUUUGUGAAAGUAAUAGCAAGUUCAAUCUUUAAUCGGGUUAUAAAUUUCACAUAUAUAUAUAUAUAUAUAGGAAACGUAAAAAGGUUAUUUUUGAAGUAACGAUUAAAAUUUUAGCAAUUUAACUUCAUAUAUUCUCUAACUAGUGUGCUAAAACUAUGGAAAUGGUUGAAUAACUUUUGUAUUUUGAAGUUGAUGUAGGACUACACUUUUGAUGCAAGCAGUUGUCUCGAUACCUGCUCAGGGGGAAGAUCCAAUGUUCGCUUUGAUCAAAUUACGUGACAUGAUAAGUGUUCUUAAAACAGUAACACUUUUAUGGAAAAAAUUAAAUAUGGACUAAUAAAAAUAUGAUGACUAGAUUUUUUCCGAAUAAACAAUAACAGUAUGAAAACAAACACAGAAUGUUCAGAUUCAUAUCUGUGAUGUGGCUUAAGUCAAGAUGGAUCAAUACAGUUGGCUCUUCAGAUUUAGGACAUAUUUAUGAUACAAAAAUCACUAUGUCCAUUAUAAAAAAAUAUGUGGGUCAUAACAUUUAUUUUCAAUUCAUCCUGAAACAUUCUUUCAUGAGAUGAAAAACUGUGGAUUGUAUUGUGUAUGUUAUUUAUUAAGAUUAUGAAACUUAAAAUAUUAAAGGAAAUAUUUAAUAUUAGCCAAUUUUUUAAAUGUUUUUUGAAAGUAAAAAUGUUGUGUUUCGCUUUUAAUAUUAUUCACAAUAUAUAAGAUUGGAUAUCUUUUGAAACCUUAGCAAUGUGAUUAAAAUUGAGACUACUGGUAUAAAACCUUAAUUAUAUUUAUUUGAAAAAAGUUAUUCAUUAUGGCAUUUUUUGUCUCCAGGCUUUGAGUUUUAAUAAUGAAAACAGUAAAUAAUAAGAUUUCAUUACAAUUCUUAACAAUAUUUUUUUAUGUAAAUUGGAAAACUAUCUUAAAAUAUGAAAUAAAAUUGUAGUUAAAUUUUUAUUAGUUACUUAAUCCAUUGGGGGACUUUCUCGAGCGUCCCUUGUUGUGGCGGAGCAGGACUGAAUAAUUUUGCCCAAGCGGCAUCCAUGCUCUUUCUAGACUUUAAUGAUCAUGUAUUUGUUUGUUUUAGUGCUAUAUCGCAGUUUUGUGCCCACUUGCAUCCUUGAGCAUCCAUUCUGUUUCGAUUUGUUAUGUUUGCAUACUUAAACCACAACUAAUAAUAGCUUAUUUUGUUAUUGUUUAUAUUUUACCACAUGCUCAAUUUUCAUCAUUUCAAUGUUCUGCUUACAUUCUAUAUAUCGUAUUCUCAAUGUUUAGUGUUUAAAUGUUUAUAGUUGUUGAAUGAGUUUUUAAUUCUUCCGCUACCUCAUGGAAUAAGACAAUUUGCGUAUUUCAGAAAUAGACAGAUACUUGGAUAGUGAUAUUAAGAUGUCAAAGAUACUUAAAGGCUGAUACAAAAGUGAAUUAUAAAAAGUAAAUGUAUAGUCACUGUAUGUAAUGUAAAUAGUUUAUUUUAAUUAUCAUUUUAGUAAUAACAAUUGAAUGUAACAAACAGUUUUAUCUCAUCUCCCUGACAGCUAAUCAAAGAGCUUAUCAUAAAAUCAUCAAAAAGUGAAAAAAUGUAAGUUAAUUUUGAAUGUUUAGUUAUUAUGUAUUAUAAUUACAAAAUACAAUCAAACCUGGUUUUUCAUGUAAAAAAAUUGUGCUGUUUUGAAUAAAAAAUUAUUGAAACAGAUAAACAAAAAAGUAAUAGAAUAUUGACAAUUGUUUUUGAUUUUUUGUUUUCUUACUAAAAAAUUUGUAAAUAUAUGUAAAAACUUUUUUUAUAUAUUUGAAGAAAGCAACAAAUACUUUUGUAGAGCAAUCAAAUAGACUGAAAUGGCCUGAAAAAUUGACUAAUUUAUCUGUAUCCAAACUCAUUCUAUUAAUACAUGCAUGCAUUUUUGUUUUAAAUCAAUUCAAACAUUCAGUCCUAUAGAGGCUAGGUUAAUUGCUUCUUCAAUGGGUUAAAUAAUACUAGAAAUGAACUAGUUUUAUUGUUUCUCUUUUAAGCCUAAACUUGUGCUUGGUUUCAUUUUAUACAUUGAGUUCUUUUUUUUAGUUUUUAGAAUACAAACCAAAAUUUUUUUUAAUUGGUGACUUCCAUGUUUUGUAGGAGAUGUCAAUCAAAUGUAAUGUAAUACUGUGUUGAUCCCUAAUGCAUUUACAACCAGAUAGAAGCAGAUGGUAGAUUCAUUGUUGCUUUGUGCUUUUCAUGUGAUCAUUUAUACAGUACAUAGUGUCAUUGAAAAGUAAAUACCAUUUAACUUUGUAGUUACAUGAGUGUGACAAUUACCACUUCACUCAUGUACACUACAGUCCUUGUCUAAACACCAUUACUUUACCAGUGGGCUAAAUUUAUGCUUUGUCUAAAACGUUGUUAAGGAUGAAUGAUUUGAUAAUAAAAAAAUAGUUAACCGUUUAUAUUUUCUUAAAAUUUUUCGUGAAAUACAACCACGAUUUACUCAAUCCAAAACAGUAUUGUUUACUUUUCAAACAUGCUUUGUACUAUCAUAAUCCAUAUUAUAUAAAAAUAUAACAAUAAUAUUUAUAACACAUUUAUAAUUUAUGCAUAUCUAAUUAUUGUGAUAUUCAGAAUUUCUAAUACUGUAUACAGUACUUAAUUUGAUUACUUUAAAUUUUCAUUCCCUAUCAAGUAGGAUUCUACUUCCUGUACCAUUUAUAACACUUUCUUAUUACACAUUAGCAUAGCUUAUUUUUUUCAGGAAUAUAUUGAUUUAAAAUUAAAUUUCAUAAAUAUCCAGGUUAUGAAGAGGUUUUGGACAGAUAAAAUGUUUUAAUUUUAAUGUAAAAGUAUAUUUCUUUUCAAAAUAAUUUUAAAAAUGUUGUAAUAAACUGAAUACUAAUUAUGUCUUGUUGAUUAGGCUAUAUGAAAAAUAAUUAAAUUUAAUAAGUUUUAAAAGGUGUACACAUUCAAAAUAUUAUAGCUGAACAAUGCCAAUGGAUGAAAUUACAAAAAGUUACCUACAAAUUAUAGACCGAUUUUUGUCAUUUUUGGCUAUUUGUGUGAGAGAGAAUUUAUCACCACUUAUAGAGUGCAUAAAAAAGAGUAAACAGUAAUAUUAAGAGAUCACAGUUUAUUUUAUUUGGAUAUUUUUGCACCUUUUCUCUAUUUUUUAAACUGAAUAAUAGGAAGUAUUCUGCAUAGCUUACAUUUUUAGUGCUCAUACAAAAUCAAUUGUCUGUUGAACCAUAUCAUUGUAAAUUUUCAGUUUUUAUAAAAUGUUUAAUUAAUUGGUAUAUGCAGUUCUUUAAGCAUUAUGGAUAAUUGUUACUAAAAAAUAAAAAAAUAAGAUAUUGAGGAUUGGUUUAAUUUUAUUUUUUAUUAAAUAAAAUAUAACUGCUACAUUAUUGCACAUUACUGGUUUUCCUCAAGAUAUUACAAGAUUUGAUAUUACAAACAGUAUUUAAUGUGCUGUGGUUUAAUGUAUUUUCUACAUUGUUUCAUUUCACUAUUCGGUUUGGAAUAAAAAUGUUUCUGUUAAUAUUAA